AUGGGCAAACUAUCGGGUCUUAUCUCCUCCGGCUACGGCUUCACCGUCGAAGCGGCAACAGCUCUCUCACACCCAUCUUCAACCCAAAGUGCUCCCCACACUUCAAAGUACGGAUACUAUUCUCGCUCUCACAAUGCUCUAUUAUACCAACAACCCAACGAACAUCUUUCAUCUCGAGAAAGACGAGAGUUGCCACUCCCUGUCAUCAUCCCACAGCGAAGACCGCAGGACAAAUCGCGCGGCUGGGUGCGAGCUUAUGCACCAGCACUCAUGGGGGCGGGCAUUGACGAAGUGACGUUUUUGGAUUUCAUCGAUCGCUUCAAUGAGGAGAGCAAGGCAUCGCCCUAUUUUCACGUCGUCAACGUCGCGGGAGCCGGUGUAGGAUUUCUUCCCGGAAUCACUCCCAUGAUCGUCUCGAUGGCUGUCCCAGUCGCUGUUCAAGUAGCGAAGCAAGCGCAGUCAAAUCACCAAACUCAAUCAUACCUCGACAAGAUGAACACGAAAUUGUUCGUACCACAUGGUCUGUAUGCCAUAAUCAUGACCUACAAACCUCAACAGACAGGAGAUAUGUUAAAUGUAGAUGUGUCGUCGAAUGGAUCUCAGUUUCCAUCACCUUACCCACGUUUGUUUCCGAAAGCACCGAGCGGAAGGAACUCGUAUCAGAAACAAGAUUUCACAUUACCUGAUUCUUGCCCUCUCGUCUUUGCCGACUCGGCUCCCCCGCAAACGCUCGAUCCUUCCCGAAACGGCUUUUUUAAAAUGGCGGACUUUGUAUCUGACUUCAAAGAUCGUCGAGCACAGACAACUUUUGCGCAAGAAAAUCCUGCAUCAACGCUCGUUGGCCCUAAACCAACAUUCACGAGUAAAUACGCCGAUCCGAGCUAUUUAUCGAAUGCCAAGGAUGACAUGCGGAAGACACCUAAGCGAGAAAAAGAGAAGAAGAAACCGGGGACGUUGAAGAGUAUAAAGGAGAAAGUUAUGCACUCUGAUGUUUUGCACCUCAUGAUUGUUAAUAACCCAACAGAUUCAACGACACACUUACGUAUGGCCAGUCCCGGACCAGCAUAUCAACAUGGCACACCACCAAGAACGAACAAUUCUUGGUAUGAACAGCAAUAUUCUUCAACGGUGGAGUACAGCCAUUCAAGACAGCAAGCCCACAAUCCCAGCCUGCAUGGAAACCCGCCAUUGGAUAAUCCACAAAUGCAAGCCACAUCGACAUACCAGUAUGGUCCUUCCCCGUUGCAAAUUUCCACUUCGGAUCCUCAACCAUUAUAUCAGCAGCAGCUUCCAGCAGCGAAAGAAGAGUACGAUCCCAAGCAGAACUAUAGCGGACCGGUAAACUAUGACAAGGGCUAUGAACAUGUGAUAGGGAACGAGAAUCGACAAGUGAGCGGAAACGGGGAGCAUUUCGGACAGCAGCACCAAGCUCGAAGAGAGACGCAAUCUGUGACGCCUUCUCCAGUUCCAAGGAUAGAAGUACCACCUAUAUAUACGCCAUACCCGAGAGAUGAGUAG